AUGUCCUCGCUUUUCCGGGCUUCUAACUUUCGGCGUUCCGCCAUUCCGACCAUCCUCGGAUCGAGCAAGCGCUUCCGCUGGCUGUCACUCGCCAUCGACCGCCACGGGGACUUGGACGAGGGGAUGCGCGCCCGUGUGGUGGACUUCGUGCGUGACCCGUCACUCGGCACGCCCUCCCCCUCCUCCUCCUCCUCCUCCUCCGUGUGCUCUUCUGACCCGGGCGAGGGCCUCGAUGCGGGAGAUGCCCUGCUCCGGACGGCCGACGUGCACUUCCGCUCGGGUGACGGGUCCCGCUGGCCGAAUGUCUUGCUGGCCCGUUUUGCUUAG